CCCAAAGCAGUCCCUUCGGUGCAGGGCAGCGGAGCCGACCGGGGCGCGCUUUGCAAGAACCCGCUUCACCAUGGCCGGGAGAAGCGCUUUCCAAUCGCCCCAGCUGCCAUCCCUGUUCACUGUUGUCAUUGGAGUCCACCUCUGUCUGGGACACACACUGAAUAGGAUGAAGCGCGCAGAAGGAUGGGACGAAGGCCCCCCUACAGUGCUAUCAGAUUCCCCCUGGAUCAGCACCUCUGGAUCCUGCAAAGGCAGAUGCUAUGAACUUCAAGAGCUGGAACCCCCUGAUUGUCGGUGUGACAACCUGUGUAAGAGCUACAGCAGCUGCUGCCAUGACUUUGAUGAACAUUGCUUGAAGACAGCUCGUGGCUGGGAGUGCACGAAGGACAGAUGUGGAGAAGUACGAAAUGAAGACAAUGCGUGUCACUGCUCGGAGGACUGCUUGGCCAGGGGAGACUGCUGUACUAAUUACCAAGUGGUUUGCAAAGGAGAGUCACAUUGGGUAGAUGAUGAUUGUGAAGAAAUAAAGGCCCCGGAAUGCCCUGCAGGGUUUGUUCGUCCUCCCUUAAUCAUCUUUUCUGUGGAUGGUUUCCGUGCAUCCUACAUGAAGAAGGGCAGCAAGGUCAUGCCUAACAUUGAAAAACUAAGAUCUUGUGGCACGCAUUCUCCCUACAUGAGACCAGUGUACCCGACCAAAACCUUCCCUAACUUAUACACUUUGGCCACCGGGCUCUAUCCGGAGUCACAUGGAAUUGUUGGGAAUUCUAUGUAUGAUCCUGUCUUUGAUGCCACUUUCCAUCUUCGGGGACGAGAGAAAUUUAAUCAUAGAUGGUGGGGAGGCCAACCGCUAUGGAUUACAGCCACUAAGCAAGGGGUGAAAGCUGGGACAUUCUUCUGGUCUGUGGUCAUUCCGCACGAACGGAGAAUAUUGACCAUCCUGCAGUGGCUCACCCUGCCAGACAACGAGAGGCCUUCCGUCUAUGCCUUCUAUUCGGAGCAACCUGAUUUCGCUGGACACAAAUACGGCCCCUUUGGCUCCGAGAUGACAAAUCCUCUGAGGGAAAUUGACAAAACCGUGGGGCAAUUAAUGGACGGACUGAAACAAUUAAAGCUGCAUCGCUGUGUAAACGUCAUCUUUGUGGGAGAUCACGGAAUGGAAGAUGUCACAUGCGAUAGAACUGAGUUCUUGAGCAAUUACCUGACUAAUGUGGAUGAUGUUAUUUUAGUUCCUGGAGCGCUAGGAAGAAUCCGUUCCAAGUUUAGCAAUAAUGCUAAAUAUGACCCGAAAGCCAUCCUAGCCAACCUCACGUGUAAAAGACCAGAUCAGCACUUUAAGCCUUACAUGAAACAGCAUCUUCCCAAGCGUCUGCACUAUGCCUACAACAGAAGAAUUGAAGACAUCCAUCUAUUGGUGGAACGCAGAUGGCAUGUCGCAAGGAAACCUAUGGAUGUUUAUAAGAAACCUUCGGGAAAAUGUUUUUUCCAGGGAGACCAUGGAUUUGAUAACAAGCUCAACAGCAUGCAGACCGUCUUUGUAGGUUAUGGCCCGACAUUUAAGUAUAAGACUAAAGUGCCUCCUUUUGAAAACAUAGAGCUUUACAAUGUUAUGUGUGAUCUGCUGGGACUGAAGCCAGCCCCUAAUAAUGGGACGCAUGGGAGUUUGAAUCAUCUCUUGCGCACGAAUACCUUCAGGCCGACCAUGCCAGAAGAAGUUACCCGCCCCAAUUUGCCAGGGGUUACAUAUCUUCAGUCUGAUUUUGACCUGGGCUGCACCUGUGACGAUAAGAGCAAAUUGGAUGAACUCAACAAACGCCUUAAUAUAAAAGGGUCUACAGAAGCCGAAACCAGGAAAUUCAGAGGCAGCAAAAAUGAACACAAGGAAAACGUUCAUGGAAAUUUUGAGCCUAGAAAAGAGAGACAUCUCCUGUAUGGACGCCCUGCAGUGCUGUAUCGGACUCGAUAUGACAUCUUGUGUCACUCCGACUUCGAAAGCGGUUAUAGUGAGAUAUUCAUGAUGCCACUCUGGACAUCAUAUACUGUUUCCAAACAGGCCGAGGUCUCCAUCAUCCCAGAGCAUCUGACCAACUGUGUCCGGCCUGAUGUCCGUGUAUCUCCGAGUUUCAGUCAGAGCUGCUUGGCCUACAAAAAUGAUAAGCAGAUGUCCUACGGAUUCCUCUUCCCUCCUUAUCUGAGUUCUUCGCCAGAAGCUAAAUAUGAUGCUUUCCUUGUAACCAACAUGGUUCCAAUGUAUCCUGCUUUCAAACGAGUCUGGAAUUACUUCCAACGGGUAUUGGUGAAGAAAUAUGCUUCGGAAAGGAACGGCGUGAACGUGAUCAGCGGGCCCAUUUUUGACUACGACUAUGAUGGCUUACAUGAUACCCAGGAGAAAAUCAAACAGUACGUGGAAGGUAGUUCCAUUCCCGUUCCGACUCACUACUACAGCAUCGUCACCAGCUGCCUGGAUUUCACCCAGCCGGCCGACAAGUGUGAUGGGCCACUCUCCGUCUCCUCAUUCAUCCUUCCCCACCGCCCGGACAACGAGGAGAGCUGCAAUAACUCAGAGGAUGAGUCCAGAUGGGUCGAAGAACUCAUCAAAAUGCACACAGCGCGGGUGCGGGACAUUGAGCAUCUUACCAGUCUGGAUUUCUUCCGAAAGACCAGCCGUAGCUAUCCAGAAAUUCUGGCUCUAAAGACAUACCUGCAUACACAUGAAAGCGAGAUUUAGCUUCCUGAUCAUCGGCAGUGCCGUCUUAAUACUGGUGUAUAUUUUUAUACGUUUUUGUAUUUAUUAAUUUGAAACCAGGACAUUAUAAAAAAAGUUAGCAUUUUAAUCCUGUACCGAAUCUGACAUAUUAUGCCUGAAUGACUCUACUGUUUUUUUUCCCCGCUAAUGCUUGAUUUAGUAGUCGUCUUCUGAGUAGGCUUGUGAUACAGACUGCAGCUAGCGUUUUUAGUGGAAGCUUCUAAAUGGUGCUGCGGAUUUGAUAUUUGCAUUGAGGAAGUAUUAAAUUUCCAAUGCACAGCCACCACAUUUAGUCCUGUACUGUAUAGGAAUACUGAUUUUGUAAAGUUGCAUUCAUUUACUGUUAACUAUGACAGACAUAUUUAAGCCUUAUAAACCAAUCUUACAUAUAAUAAAUCACACAUUCAGUU